AUGUCCGACGAAGACGUGAAAGACAAAUUGCUGCAACUAAGCAUCAAAGGAGUCCAGCCCGGUUCUGGCAAUCCGCGGACGCCUCCGAAUUGCGCCCGCUGUCGUAAUCACCGUUUAAAGAUCCCUCUUAAAGGCCACAAACGGUACUGCCGUUAUUUGUAUUGCAAAUGUGAGAAAUGUCGCUUGACAGCCGAUAGGCAGCGUGAUAUGGCGAGGCAAACAGCGAUGCGAAGGGCUCAAGCUCAGGACGAAGCACGGGGUCUUAGCGGUUUGCAGACCGGAGCACCUGUAAUAUACAGAAUACCCAUAAUGCCGGAAACAAUGGCACCCGGUCAGCCGUCCCCACGUCCGUCGGAAGAAGCCCUUCACCCGAUGGACAGUAUUACCACCGUGUCAACACCGGCUAUUUCUUUGGACGGUAGUUGCGGAGGCGGCCCUUCUCCUUUGGCCUCACCGCGGUCUAUAAAUGGUGGGUUGCCCUUAUCUGUUAUAGCUCCUCCGGAUAUCAAGAGGUCUUCUUCGCCGCAGAAUAGUCCUCAUAUAGUUCUUGCUGCUUCCCGAGGUUAG